AUGGAAAUAGAUCCAAAUUAUUUCGCUUACUGUUUGGACGUGAAGACAAAAAUAAAUUACUUCAUUGUACCGUCAGAGUUUUUGAAACCAAGACCAAAUGCAAGACAUUCGAAUCCAGGAUUUGCUUGGGACACUCUUGGACAAGAAUUCUGGGGAGCUGUGUUCCAAUCAGCAUGGCAUGAAUCUUUGGAUGUAGACCCUGACGAUGCGUCUUUCCUGGACCAAAGCCACAAAAAUGACAAAGAUUUCGAGCACUUGCUGACCGAGGCAGAGCACAAAGAAUGUCUCGUUCUUGCCACAGCUCUCUCUGUCCAAGAACUGCAACAGUUCGUUCAAUCCUGCAACAUCAAAGUUCCAAAUAAAUGCCGACGAUUGGAUGUUUCUAACGCUUCAGUAAGUCAACAGCACGACGAGCAGCAGCAGAAGAACGAGCAAUUCAGGAGUAGCGAAUCCAAUCAGCAAACGAGUAAUAAAGAUAACCCAACUGCCUCAAAAAGCUUGGAGGAGUCAACCUCUGCAACAUCUCUAGAAGGUGAUGCACACAAACGACCUACAGGAGCAACUCCUUUCUCUAUGCCACCAGAGGACACAGAGAUUGAAACGGAAGAACCGAUAGAAUCGCACGUUGACUCGGAGAAUGACGACAGACGUGAUACACACAUUCGACCUGACGGGAAAGCGAAUUUAGGAUUUUUUGAAUCUGCAAUAGAUGGACGUGUCAUCAGACAAAACGCAGACAAUGUUUGUGUCUUGGUCAUUCACUACGAGUUCAAAAAUGAUCCUAAAGAGAUCCGAAAUGGAGACGCAUGUGACGUAGAAUACCUCAAGACUUUCUUCGGGGAAAACCGGAACUGCAAUUUCCGUAACUUUCAGUCACCGGACAAAAAGACUUUGCUUCAACUUCUCGGCGACGAACAAAAGCUUUUGCGGUUUUUCAACUCACAAGAUGACGUGCCUUCUGUUUUCGUACUUUUCAUUCUCUCUCAUGGCACUCAAAACGGAAUAAUAUGGACAGACCACAUUAAAAGGAACAAUGAUGAAUACGAAUGUUUCACAACAGAUGAGGUCUUUGAUUCAUUACAGAAGCUAAAGAGAUUCGACAAAUGUUUAAAAGUCGUGAAUUUUGGGCCAUGCCGUGGGUUAUUGGAUGACUCUAAGUUUGACUUAAAAAAAUCAAAAGAAAAAUAUGAAAACUUGAAUUCAUGCAGAAUCACCCAUCGCCCAGGAAUGCACAACUUUGUCUUGUUCUAUUCGACAGUUGAGACAACAUUGGCAAACACUGAUAAAAAUGGUUCAUGGUUUGUCCGAAAUAUCUGCGUGUGUCUGAACAACGCUGAUGAUGAGCCUUUAUUGAAAUUCUUCACUAUUGUACAGAAUCGCAUGCAUCAAGCGUCGCUCAUAUUAAUAAACUUUGAAAAAAACACUCCUCUUGGACAGACACCAGAGCUCAAAAUGUUUCAACAGGACAAAAAAUUCAUAAUUUCAAAGGCGACAAUCCAAGCAAACACAAUUUCAGACAUUGAUGGGCUUGGUGACACGAGAAAAGUCUCAAAUGAACGACUUUCUCCAUAUUUCUCUUGGAAAUCAGAUGAAGGCCGAGAUAUCAGGGGUCGUAAAGGCUUCAUUUUAUCCGUGGUCCAAAGCCAAAAAGUACAGGAAAUGACAAAAGUUCUUCAAAACCUAGACUUCAUAGUUACUAACUGGACACUUAGCGGUCAAUCUAUCGCUUCUUAUGCGAAGAUGGUGUCCAAGUUGGAACCAGACGUGGGCUGCAUUAUGACCUGCAUAUUUGGCCCUGUGUGUGAAAACGAACAGCAAGAGGUUUGCGUGCGCGUGCAAGAGGGUCAAGAUAUUCCAAUUACGGACAUCCUACACAGUUUGGUUGGCCCUGAUAACGAUAAAUUGAUUGGGAAGCCAAAAAUUAUGUUCGUUGCUGACGUAGAAGCUCGACAGACUGACAGUAUAUCUGCUGUUGACAUGAGAGAAUUACAAGUCUCUGCAACAAACCACAGUGGCUGGCUAGUAUUGAUUCUAAAAUAUAAAGAUGCAUUGGAGAAUUUGAUUGAACUCCUUGGAAAAAUCGGUCAGAGAAGCCUACAAGAACUUCUGGAGCCUCUUCUAUUAACUCGUGAGUGCAACAGAGAGGAUGCAGUUCUUCUCAAUUCUACUUUGCAGUAUCUCAUCAAAUUUCCUAAUUGGCCAAGAACAUUUGUCAAACCCGAUUUCAAACUAAAAAUGACAAAAAUCCACCGUGACCAGAUGAUAGUUAGUUUUGUGAAGUCAACGGAAUCUCUUAUUGAGGAAAAGAUCGAUUUUGAUACUUUAUUAAAAAAGGCCAUGCGAUUGUUUGAAGAAAACAAAAAAUCGAUUGAAAUAAUGAUUUGUCUGGAUAAUCUUCCAUUUUCGAGCGAUAUUGAACCUUCCAUAAACUCAAAACCCGUCGGAAACUUGGAAGCUAUCUCUCCAGCGAGAAAUUUAGCUCAAGAGAGCAUUGUUUGGUUAAUUAAUUCUGUUGCUGGAGGAGGCAAAUCGACCGUUCUCGAAGAAAUGGCACACCAACUCACCAAAUUUUAUGGAGGGUUUCAAAUACUUCAAAUACCUUUAAAAAAAUAUUAUCGGUUAAUACUUGACAUGCCUGCAGUGAAAGUGGAUGAAAUCGAAUUUCUCGCAAACACAACCUGCAUUUCUCAUGAUGAUAUCAAGAACUGGAUUGUGAAGAGAGAACUCAUUGUUUUCCUCGACGGCUUUGACGAAGUGUGUCCAGAUUUCAGACAAAAACUCAUCCAAAUUUUAAUUGCGUUACAAAAUGCAAGAGUGCAUAUCUUUGUCGGGACCAGGCCCCACGAAGUGCACCACAUUCAAGGAAAGAUAAAAAACUCGACGAUAGUUGAGAUCGAACCCCUUGAUGAAGCAAAGCAAAUCGAGUUUCUGGAAACCGUUUGCCAAAAGAAUCGGCCAGAAACUGAACAAUUGAGGAACAGAUUCGAAGGUCAAGACAUUCUGGGAAACCCACUAUAUCUCAAAUUGUUGGCCGAGUACAGCGAUGAUAAAAACUUGUACGAUAUCUUUGACAAAAUGGUUCGGCGCAAAGUAGAAAUUUGCUUGAAGAGAGAAAAUGGAGGCAAAGAUGUUGGAGAUGAGACGAUUGAAAAAUCACUGAAGGUCAUUCAAUUGGUGGCUUCGCGUUUUGUAAGAGGAGUGAAAAUCGAAUAUGGCAGUGUUACAAAGGAAGAAUUGGAAAAGAUGAACGCUUUUGGAGUUGUGACAUAUGGCAAUGACACAGUCAAUUUCACUCACCAAACGUUUGCAGAAUUUCUUACCGCACAAAAAUUUUUAUACGAUUUGAAAAAUCCAGGACCUGAAGAAGUGCCCUUGUUUAACGAUGAACUGGUGCAGUGCAGGAAGUUUGUUGACCUUUUCUUUUCUACGGAGAAGGGGAAGGACGCAACCUACGCACAGCCUUUUGUUGAUUGGGCUAAAUCAAGCAACCCUUUGCAAUUAGUCAAGCAAAUAUGUCGUGAGAAUUUGAGUCAAAUGUUCGAGUUGCUCAAACCAGAUAUCUCGUUAAGAGACGAAGAUGGAAAAAAUGCUUUGCACUUCGCUUUGCGGCACCUUGAAAUGGUCAAGAUGGUGCACGAAAAGAACAGCAAGCUGGCGACCGAUGCCACUAACAAUGGAGAAAGCAGUCUACACCUUGCGAUUGCUGACGAAAAAUGCAGCGAGGAAGUGGCUAUUUGGCUCUUGAGAAAAACUGAAGUCGACAAAAAUGCUGAAACCAGGUUGAAGGACACACCGCUUCUUCUGGCGUGUAAAACAAAAAAAUGGAAAGUAGCACUAGAGCUUAUAUUGGCCGGUGUUAAACUGAACAAAAAUGAGCUAUUGGAAGAAUCAAUUUUGUACCAUGUCGUCAAGUCAAAUAAAUUAGAAUUGGUGCGAGCACUUCUUGAUAGGGGUUCCAACGUCAAUUUAAAAGAUGAUGAUGGAGCAACAGUUCUUCAUCGAGUUGCUGAGUGGAGAAUUGACCUAGAAAUAGUAAAAAUAUUGCUUCAAAAAGGUGUCAACGUAAACGCACAAGACAAUGGAAAACGGACCGCUCUGCAUUAUUGUUUGGUCGAAAAAUUUAGCCCAGAAGUGGUCCUAGAGCUGCUCAAAAACGGCGCCGACGUUGAUUUACAAGAUCAAGAAGGAUUCACAACUCUUCACCUAGCUGCUAGGUGGAACAAAAACCCAGAUAUAUUGAAAAAUAUGCUUCAAAAAGGUGCCAAAGUAAACGCACAAGACAAUGGAAAACGGACCGCUCUGCAUUAUUGUUUGGUCGAAAAAUUUAACCCAGUUCCAGAAAUGGUGCAAGAGCUGCUCGAAAACGGCGCUGACGUUAAUUUACAAGAUCAAGAAGGAUCGACGGCCCUUCACUUAUCUGCUGAGUGGAACAAAAACCCAGAUAUAUUGAAAAUUUUGCUUGAGAAAGAUGCCAAAGUCAAUGCAGAAGACAAUAAAAAAUGGACCGCACUGCAUUUGGCCGCUAGAUAUAAUCCAGUUCCAGAAGUAGUUCACCAGCUGGUUAAUAAAGGCGCCGAGAUAAAUGCAGAAAAUGAUAAUGGAGAGACUGCACUAUUUCUCGCGGCCAAGCAUAAUCCAGCGAAAGAAGUGGUUCAAAUACUGCUCGAUCAUAAAGCCGAAGUAAAUGAAAUGAUUACGAAUGACAAAGAAUGCACCGAGGUAUUACGCCAAAUGAAAAUCAAACCUUGAAUCAUUAAAUGACUAAACGAAAAUGGCUCUUUUGACGCAUUUUGAGGUGAUCGGAAACGCCGUUGUUUAUUUUGUCCGUGAAAAAAAGAGUGCAGAGAAAUAACACGAGACACACAUUAUUUGUAAGUUGAUCGAGACUUUAUUAACUUAAAAUCUGCAAUUUUAUCUGAAUGAGCUCAAAUUUUUGCAAACUUACUGUGUAUACACAAAUACACUUUUUCAAUCGUUAAAAUUAAUCAAAAAUCCAUAUUUGUACCAUUGAAUAGGUGAUGGAUUAAUUUUAUUGUAUGCAAAGCAUUAAGAAAUGAACAAUUAAUCACUAAAUGUUAAAUUUUUUAAUUAUUUUAGUUGCUUUUAUCCAAUUUUUAGGUUGAAAUUUAUUUUAAAAAAUGUAUAUAUUUUAGACUAAUGUAAUUUAAUGUACUGCUGGGAUGUUUUUAAAUAAAAUAUCAUCUUAAAAGAA